UGUUGUGUUACGCGCGCGACCCGGCCCGGCUGCGAGCGCAGUACGCGCCCGUCGGCCUGAAAACGCGCACCAUCGCUGCCGCCGCAAAAACACCACCGGUCGCCGCCGAAGCGGAAAGCGCGCAAAAGUGCGCCGCGCCACAAGUUGCAGCAGAACGUCGUGCCGGGCGCCCAGUCGCCACCGACACCUCCGAACCCGGCAGCGAGUGUAAUACUAGCGACCUUAUAUUUUGAUCGUUGCACUGUUAUAUUGACAAACGCUGUCAAGUCGCGGUAUAUACCGCGAAUACCGCGGCGCCCGCAGCUUAUUGGCAACGAUGACGUCCAGCGACGGAGGGCUGCAGUCGUGUCGCCGGCAGGACAACCGCGGCGGUGGCGGGGGCGGCGUCGGCCAAAACCUGCCGAUCAUAAUGGCCACCGGUUGUCGGAUGCCGCGGUCGCCGUCUCGCGACAAGGACUUUGCUUCGUGCACCGCCUCCAGGACUUCCGCCGGCGCCCAUCAACAGCAACAACAGCCCUUCGCCACCACAGCCGUCGUCCUGAACCGCGUCACCAGCUCUUAUCCCGAAGCGUUUUUCAAAAGAAUGUCGCAGGAUAUAACGAACUCGGUGUGGUUCGAGGAAGAGAACGAUUUGAUAAAAAGCUGCGGGGCACUACAGUCGGCGUUGGGUCUGUCCAAGAGCUUCAGCACUAGCGACAUAGCGGACGCGACUAACAUGGACGCCGGAUGUUGGCUGGCGGACAGCGAGGACGUCCGCAUGCCGCACAGCGCUUCCGAGUUGGCCAUAAACAAGUUGCGCAUAAACUCGGACGUGCUGCUGAUGGCCACCACCAUGCAGGGCCGGUUGGGUAACACGUCGCGGUCGCUGUCCACGUGCGUGGUGGUCGGCGACAUGGCGUCUACGUCGCAGCUGCCAUCGCCGAGCCGGUACUCUAGCUCGCUGCACAACAGCUAUGCUUCGUCCGCGUUCAGCCCCACCGAUCUCGUGAGAUCCGUCAACAAAAAGGUGCGGCAAAAUUAUAUUCAACGGCGUCUACUGAUAACUUACAAGACAUUGGAACGUUUGUCGCUGAGCGAAUUCAAUUUAGACAAGAGCUCCGGAGGAGGAGCCGACCACGUACCAGAACAACUGCAGUUGCCCGACCGCAAUGAUGCAGCCGCGGCCGCCAUAGCUGUCGCCGCGGGUUCAAACAAAUAUUUGAGCGUACCGAGGACCGGCAAGCCGCUGUGCCCGGACGACAUUGCCGUGUGCACCGACACCAUAAAGCGAUAUCAGCCAAAGGCGUUUACCCGAUACGACAGGAACAUGUUCAUAGUCAACUGGCUGGACAACAUCGAUCCUCAGAACACCACCACGGAAGAUCAAUAAUGCACACACACAUACAUACGCAUGCGAUAUCGAUCAUUGAUAUUAUACUAUAAUAAUUGAAUAAUUGAAGGACUUUCCGCAAAAACCACCACACAAGUUUACUUUUUGAAAUAGGUUCAAUGCAUUAUAUACAGCGUUUUUUGAGUGUUUCGCAUUAUUAUUAUUAUUAUUUUUUAAUUAGGUAGAUUAUAUACUCAGGUAUUUACGGUUUUGAAUUCCGUAAAAUAUACUACAGGACGUACAUAAUGGGCAGGGGACACUGUCCGUGUUCUAUGUAGGCACCUUAAUUUCAUAAAAACGUAACAGACUUUCACCGCCAUUGACUUAUCUGGUUUCUUCCCAACUAAAUUAUUAUUUUUUUUUUUUCAAACCAUGUUUGACAUUUAUCAAGUCAAGGAAUGUAUGACAGUCCUGUAUGUCUAACCUAUGAUAGUUUUAUGUUUACUUGUGAUCGUAGGCUCCACUUGGGUUAAAUUUAUGGGGGUGUUAAAUUCAUGUCGACCAAAGUGGCUAAAAAGCCACUUCAUUCAUACGCCACCAUUAGACUAACUUUUUUUAAGUCCCUGCAAACUACAUCAAUUUUUUGUUAAAACGACCUUAUCGAAUAACAAAAAUGAAGGUACCUACUUCUUAAGGACCAAUUAAAAAAAUUAAAAAAUUGUUGAGUUGGUUAAAAAAGUUUAACUUGCAUAGGUCAUAACAUAUUCAACAUAUUUAAUACUUUGUUACAGUCAUGAAUUUGCUAAAACUGAAAAGUGUUCCGAUCAAUGCAAAUCAAUAUAUUGUUUAUGCGUUCAAACAUUACAUUACAUUUUUUAAUCGGAUAAUCGGAAGUACUCACAAUUUUGUCAGGCGUACAGCUAUUUCAAGUCCAUAAAUUGAUUUUGAAUAUUUUGAUCUAGUGGCUACAUGAAAUGUGCAUGAGAUUGUGUAAUAUGUAUGAUGAGGGUGAUUGGUAAGAAUUAUAAUAUACCAGAGACGGGCAAUUCAAAGUUAGUGGACUGCCAAUUUUUAGAAAAUUAAAAUCUAGCAGGCCAUAGAAAGCAAAAAAAAGGGUCACUCAAAAUAUACAUUUUAAUUGAUGUUAAAUAGAUUAUAUAGUGUAGACGAUAAACUUUAAAAUUGUAUGAUGUAAUUUGAAAAUCUAGCUCGGGCCAGUAAAAAAGACCCAAUAAUAAUCAUUUAGGUACUACACACAAAGACGAGUUGUCACUGCAAGGAACGAAAUAAUUGCCUAAACACAAUUCCUUAAAAAUAAAAUGUUUGCGUGGCCUUAAUAUAAACAAUUACCUAUACUACCUAAUACCAAAAUAUAUAUGUGUAUUAUUAUUAUUAUAAUUAUGAAAAUGAAAAUUAUGUCUUAGUAAUAAAUUUAUCAUAAAGCUUUUGAUAUAAUAUUAUAAGUUAUAACCAAUGAAAAUUUGAUGAUGCUAUUAAAAAUCAAGCACCCCCAAAUAGAGCCUAUGCUUGUGAUUAUUUUUUAUGUUAUAAUGCAGGUAACCAUUAUUUGCAGCGAGAAUAGUAAAGUCCAGGGACUUGUUUAAUUCUUCCACCAAAAUUAAAUAAUAAUAAUAAAUCCAGAUAAGUCUGUUCAUAAAAACUAUACCUAACCUAACCUUAUGUCUUAUAUUAUGUUAUUAUAUAUAAAUAGUACCUACCUAUAUCCGGGGUAUGUAAUUGUACCAACUUGUGGGGGAAUUUUUUUUCGAUUCUUCUUGAAAAUGUAUAUUUUCCAAAAUAAGUGAAUUUAUCUGGUGGUUUUUGCAGCAACCUCUUCGAUUUAGUGUUAUUGUUAUAGUGAAAGGCGCGCGCAACUUUAUUCGAUAUGAGCAUUGACAUUAUAACUGCUAAAACAAAAAAAUGAACUGCUAUAUUAUAUAGAUAAUAUUAUUAUUAUAAUCUAUCAUUUAAUUAUUAUCUGAUUGUUGUUAAUUUGGUCACGGUUAUCACGGUCUUGUAAGACCAUGGUCAUUACCGCGUGAACCAAAUAUUAUAUUAUAUUACUUAUGAUUCAUAUAACGAACUACGUGUUAUGACCAAAUAUUAUUUUAAAGCGUUUAAUUCUAAACGAUUCGUUAACAUAUGUUAUAUUAUGCACAUAUAAUAGAGACGUGAGUGAUGUCGUUUAAAAGACGAUUUUAUUCACUUCCUAAAGUUAUUACGUCAUACUUUAUAAAAAUGACAGAGAGUUACAAUAAUUAAUAAUUAUUAACUCUUGUUUAGGCUUGUGCCAUUUAAUUAUAUUUUUCAUCAAAACGUCUAGGUGUUGUACCUAUGGACUUUAUAUUAGGUAUCUAAGUAAAUAUCCAGCCUUGCAUUUGCAUUAAAUAUAUGUUUUUGUUAACAAAACAGAAAAAAA